AGUUCUGUAGUAAGUCAUAAUCUGGCGGAGCAGACGACACGAUGUAGGGAGUAUAGGGAGCAGACGAGCGCUGUGAGGGGGCUGAAGUAUCAUAAAUAUUAAUAUAUUUCCUCCAAUUUAUAAACCAACAGCCUGGCGAGUCUGAGGUGUACAGACUUCUAUUAGUUUCACCAUGGAUGGUAACUAUUACAUUGCUGUCUCGCUACUAUGGAUUAAUUUCUUAGUUUGGAGAGAGAGUCAAUGUUUUGAAUUGCCAGAGUUAGUGUCCUGUCCGUCAGAAUGUGAUCCCACUAAAUGUCCAGUUGUCCAGUAUUGUACAGGGAAAGUGGUCAAAGACUCGUGUGGAUGCUGUCCGAAAUGUUCUUCAGACAUGUGGAUCCACCCAAAAUACCCAGUGGUCAAAAAAGGUGGUUCCUGUGAGCAGGUCAAGUGCCCAAGAUUCAAAGUAUGUAUGGAGAAUAUGCAAGGACUUCCACUGUGUACAUGUCCAAACAUUCUGAUAUGUAAACGGCGCAGGCGCAGUGGCAAGGAAGUGUGCGGAAGUGACGGAAAUACCUAUUAUUCUCGUUGUCACAUGAGAGUGACGGGAUGUACUAUCAAAACGAGGCUGAAGGUCAGACACAAGGGCCCCUGCUCACUAAACUCAUACAUGGUUGCCACGCAACAAUAUGGCGACACUGUGAAAUAUCCGGACAGUGAAUUCGAUUUACGGCGACGAAGAAAGAAGAAUCGACGGAAGGAUAAAAGAAAACAAAAACAAAAACAAAAGCAAAAACAUAAAAAGCUUAGACGACGAAAACGACGCUAUAGGAAAAGGAAAUAUAGCUAUCAGCGCCAUAGAAGACGAAAGACGAGAUACUUCACCAGUAAACCAAAAGUAACGAAAUCGUCAGCGGAACGAAGAAAUUUAUAAUGAACGUUGUGAUAUCAAAAGUUUGGAAAAUUGCAAAGAUAAAAGUUGGAAGUAAAACUGAUAUUUCAACUGUUAUAUGUAUACGUUUCGUCAGACAGGGCCAAUGAAAUAAUGUUUAUUGUUUGUAAAAUGGAUAUCAAAUAUGGACAGUAACGCUUUAUACAUUUGUGGAAUUUUGUGGAGAACAGGCUGAAUCGUUAACGCAUAAUACAUAGAUGCCUAUACUUAACUAGAUAUCAAAUGUUAUUUCUAUAAUAUGUCAUUCAUUCUAUUUAUAGGUCAACAAUCACAUUACACUGUACAGUAUUUCAAUUUGAGAAAAAAUGUCACAUUUGUCGCGGAAGGUGAUUUUUGUAUCUACAUGUAUACGGAUUAUACAUACGUUGAUUAUGAUUUAUUGCGUUUAAAAAUAACUGGUAUCUAAGUGCUAACUGCGAAAGUCCGGGAAGUUUUGAUUUCUUACAAAAAAGUAACCAUCGGAACAAAGAAAAAAUGUAGGCCUAAUGAAAACGAGUGGAACAUCUUGGAAAUGAAUUGAAAUAUAAUGGGAUUCUGGCGAGACAAUUUGACAUUAGUAUUGUAACUAAAAAAUGUAGUUGGGAGUGAUAGGUCGAGUUUUGGUUAGAAUGGUCAGUGAUUGGUGAGCAUAGUCGAGUAUGUGUGUUAAGGUGUUUUAGGGUACCCGCGGGCGGACAAACAAACUCAAUCUGUCUGAUUUUGAGAUAUAAUUUAGAAGCUGUGGAAAUUUAGGACAAUUAUAAUUUCAUACAUGAACUAUUUGUAUAUAUGUGUUAACUUUUCUAUUUAUUUUGUUAAUUUAGAAAAAUAAUCUUAGUUUCGUUUCGGUUAUAUUGAAACUGAAUAUACAUUAUUUUAAUAAAUCAUUUUGAUUUAACUGAAGAGAAUGUCAUGUUUAACGGUUUACACUGGAUGCAAGCACAGAAAACGGAAGAGUAUCCUAAAACACCGGAUUGGAAGACAUCGGAUUACUGUGUAAUAAGUGUUUCCUUAAAGUGUUGUAUGGAGAGUUAGGAGUUAAGUAGGAGUUCCCUUAAACUGUACGUUAUGUGAAGGAGUUGAGUAAACUGUACGUUAUGUGAAGGAGUUGAGUAAACUGUACGUUAUGUGAAGGAGUUGAGUAAACUGUACGUUAUGUGAAGGAGUUGAGUGCGAGUGUUUUUAAACUGUACGUUAUGUGAAGGAGUUGAGUGCGAGUGUCCUUGAAAUGUACGUUAUGUGAAGGAGUUGAGUGCGAGUGUCCUUGAACUGUACGUUAUGUGAAGGAGUUGAGUGCGAGUGUCCUUGAACUGUGCGUUAUGUGAAGGAAUUAAUUGCGAGUGUCAUUGAACUGUGCGUUAUGUGAAGGAAUUAAUUGCGAGUGUCAUUGAACUGUACGUUAUGUGAAGGAAUUAAUUGCGAGUGUCCUUGAACUGUACGCUAUGUGAAGGAGUUGAGUGCGAGAGUCCUUGAACUGUACGCUAUGUGAAGGAGUUGAGUGCGAGAGUCCUUGAACUGUACGUUAUGUGAAGGAGUUGAGUGCGAGUGUCCUUGAACUGUACGUUACGUGAUGUAAUUAAAUCUGUAAUUGUUGUUGUAUGAAGAAUCAGGAGUUGAAUUUCCUUGAACUGUACGUUAUGUGAUGUAAGUAAAUCUGUAAAUUGACA